UUCCAGAUCCGGCGUUUUUUGCACCAAAGAUCAAAUGGAACGAGCAGAUGGUGUACCAUCAGCUGAUUGUAGCCAAGGCGGAUUCGGCUGUUAACAUCGAGAUUACCCCCACGAAUCCUGAAACCGAGUUGCUGCUCUUUCUCAAACACCGCGAGAAACCUUUGUACAAUUCUUACGAUUUGUUGAUUUCCCUGAGCGCCAUGACAAGAAAAAAUGAUACGUUCGAGUUGUUUUUGCCAAACGAUAUGAUAAAUAAUCGGACUGGUUUCUUCUACCUGGGAAUAAUAGAGGUGAACCUAAGCCUUCCUCUGGACUUUGACAUUGACGGCCCGGUAAACGCCACUGCUGGUGACGUAGCACCUGUCAAUCUGACGUCAGAUAACGUGAUAAGGGAAUUUUCCACCAAUUAUUCUUUGCGGAUUUAUACUUCAGGCUGUUACUUUUACGACUACGAACUGAAGAUAUGGUCAGGCAGUGGUUGUUAUGUCCACAGUGCCAACAGUGCACUAACCCACUGCAAAUGUAACCAUCUGACCUCGUUCGGAAGUGGGUUUUUUGUUACACCGAACACUAUCGACUUCAGUUACGUCUUCGCCAACGCCGGAUUCGCCGAUAACGUAACCAUUUAUAUGACUAUUAUCGUCACUCUUCUAAUCUACGUCCUCUUGAUGAUCUGGGCAAGAGUGAAAGACAAAAAGGACGUAGAGAAG